AGGUGUGUGAGAUGUGUCAUUUACUUGAGCUGGGGUGGAGGUGAGACACAUUCAGUUGAGCAGUAGUCUUCUUCGCUGUGGUUCCCAUUGAUACUAAUAUCAGAUAAAGAAUACUAACAAGACAUCAUAGAAAGAGAAUACCAGACUAGUAAUGGCUGCAGUUUCCUUGUCCAGAUCUCAGAGAGUGUUCAGGAACUUGUCUCUGAUCCUAUUGAGUGGAUCAGUCUCUCUGCUCCUGUGGAUGGCUCUCAGACGUCCGCUGGCCUCAGACAGGGGUCCUCUCCCCGCUACAGACCUCCUCCCCUCGGACUACGCUGCCGACCUGCAGGCCUGCUCAGCCAUAAUCCGAGGAGACAUGGAGGGUCUGGAGAGGGAGCAGCUCAGCCUCCUGCUGAAGACCAAGAAGAAGCAGCAGCUGCUUUCAGAGGAGUUCUACCACAAUGUAACUCAGGACUGUCAGAGGUACGUUGCAGACAGAGGGUUCAUCACCGUUACUCUGAGCCAGGAGGAAAAGGAGUUCCCCAUCGCCUACUCCAUGGUCAUCCACGAGAAGAUUGAGAUGUUUGAGAGGCUUCUGCGUGCUUUGUACACUCCUCAGAACGUCUACUGCGUCCACAUCGACCAGAAAUCAUCCGAGGACUUCAGGAGUGCAGUGAGAGCUAUUGUUUCCUGCCUACCCAAUGUGUUUGUGGCCAGUAAGAUAGAGAGCGUGAUCUACGCCUCCUGGUCCAGAGUGCAGGCUGACCUGAACUGUAUGGAGGACCUGCUAAAGUCACCUGUCCAGUGGAGGUACCUUCUCAACACCUGUGGAACAGACUUCCCCAUUAAGACCAACGCUGAGAUGGUUCAGGCCCUCAAACUGCUGAACGGGAAAAACAGCAUGGAGUCAGAGGUCACCAACGGCUACAAGAAGGGCAGAUGGCAGUUCCACCACAACGUCACGGACACAGUAGUCAGGACAGAGGUUAAGAAGACCCCUCCACCAAUCAACACCCCCAUGUUCUCUGGCAAUGCCUACUUCGUGGUAUCCAGAGCCUUCGUCCAUCACGUGAUGAAGAGUCAGGAGGUCCGGGUUCUGCUGGAGUGGGAGAAGGACACCUAUAGUCCUGAUGAACACCUGUGGGCCACUCUGCAGCGCAUGCCCGCUGUCCCAGGCUCCAACCCCCCCAACAGUAAGUUCCAGCAGUCUGAUAUGAACUCCAUGGCCAGGGUAGUGAGGUGGAGCUACCUGGCUGGGGAUGUGAGGAGCGGAGCCCCCUACCCCCACUGCUCCGGGACCUACAGGAGAGCUGUGUGUGUCUAUGGAGCUGGAGACCUGCAGUGGCUCCUAAACCAACACCACCUUAUUGCUAACAAGUUUGACCCUGAGGUGGAUGAUGUGGCGAUCAGGUGUCUGGAGUCAUACCUGCGCUUUAAAGCAACGUACAGUGUAUCAGUAAGGACAGUGGAAUCUGGGAAUAUCUUACAAAAACUAUGAAAGGUUGAAAAUACAAUCGUGUAGCUGUUUUUACCCCUUUAACUCUAUUCUCAAACGGCUAGAGCGUGUUUUAUUUCUGAUUAUACUGUAUAUUUCUGAUGUUAAUGUAAGAGGGUUGUAAAUAAAAUGUCGUUUUUCUUAGAUGCUGGGGUUGCACUGUAUCGUUGUGAUUGCCAUGAAUAUUCCAGACAUACACCCUCCUGUAGUCUUUAAUUAGUACUGCAUCUAGUCCAAUGACUAGUUUCACUGAACACAUCAAUUCUGUAACAGUUAUACCAUCGUUAUUACAGUUUUACAUGUAGUCAACAAUGCCAGGCUAUAAAGUUUUAUAACAUUAUAUAUACAUACUUGGUGUACGAGGGAACGACAAAUCAUAUACACAGGUUUAGUGUGCCUGGAGUCUCAUGAUUUAUAGGGCCUUCCUCUGCACCACUACCUGCUAUGACAACUGCUCGGCCUCCGACCGCAAGGCACUACAGAGGGUAGUGCGUACGGCCCAGUACAUCACUGGGGCCAAGCUUCCUGCCAUCCAGGACAUCUAUACCAGGUGGUGUCAGAGGAAGACCAUAAAAAUGGUCAAAGACUCCAGCCACCCUAGGCAGACUGUUCUCUGUGCUACCGCACGGCAAGCGGUACCGGAGCACCAAGUCUAGGUUCAAGAGGCUUCUCAACAGCUUCUACACCCAAGCCAUAAGACUGCUGAACAGCUUCUACCCCCAAGCCAUACCACGGCUGAACAGCUUCUACCCCCAAGCCAUCAGUCUGCUGAACAGCUUCUACCCCCAAGCCAUUAGACUGCUGAACAGCUUCUACCCCCAAGCCAUUAGACUGCUGAACAGCUUCUACCCCCAAGCCAUUAGACUGCUGAACAGCUUCUACCCCCAAGCCAUACGACUGCUGAACAUCUAAUCAAAUGGCUACCCAGACUAUUUGCACCCCCCCCCCAUUUACACUGCUGCUACUCUGUUAUCUAUGCAUAGUCACUUUAAUAACUCUACCUACAUAUUACAUGAAUUACCUUGACUAACCGGUGCCCCGUCUAUCGCCUCCACAUUGUUAUUUUACUGCUGCUCUUUCACUAUUUGUUACUUUUAGUCCUCAGUUUUAGUCCUCGGUUUCCCGUAGGUGAAGAAGCCAGAUGUGGAGGUCCUGGGCUGGCAUGGUCUGCGGUUGUGAGGUCUGUUGGAAGUACUUCCACAUUCUCUAAAACGACAUUGGGAAGCAGCUUGUGGUAGAGAAAUUAACAUUCAACAUUCACUCUGGAAAUAGCUCAUUCCUGCAGUCAGCAUGCCAAUUGCACGCUCCCUCAAAACUUGAGACAUUUGUGGCAUUGUGUUGUGUGGAAAAACUGCACAUUUUAGGGUGGCCAUUUAUUGUCCCCAGCACAAGGUGCACCUGUGUAAUGAUCAUGCUGUUAAAUCAGCUUCUUGAUGUACCUGUCAGGUGGAUGGAUUAUCUUGGCAAAGGAGAAAUGGCUCACUAACAGAUGUAAAAAAUUUGUGCACACAAUUUGAGGGAAAUAAUAUUUUUGUGCGUAUGGAAAAUGUCUGGGAUCUUGUACUUCAGCUCAUGAAACCAACACUUUACAUGUUGAGUUGAUAUUUUUUGUUCAGUAUAUUUAUAUAUAGAUUGAACAGAAAUCUGCCAUUCAGCACACGCCUUUAUGCAAAGUGGCUUUACAGUCAGAAAUGUUCUAACUUACUCAUUUAGAAGCAGCUCAUCUUCUCAGUGUUUUAAUUAAAGCCGCUCUAAUGUUAAACAAUAUCUUAAGUAACACCAAGGUAUUAAGGCAGCUUUUUCAUUUGACUCCUCAUUUAAGAGUAGUUUUUUUGUUGGAACCAUGCCAUUUUUUACUGUAGAAUACCUAAGACGUGAUUGUAACUAAUUUGAGUCAAACAUGAAACUAAACCCAGUCUUACCAUGUAAUGUAUUGUUUGUAUAGUGUAUCAUGUAUGCCAACUACUGUGGUAAGUAUGUGUGUAUUUCUGUUGUACUUGAAAAAUUAUUCCUAAUGAAUAAAGACACAUUUGGAUUUGGA